UAUGCCCCAUAAGCAAGUUGAAGUCAGGAUGCAUGAAAGCCACCUGGAGCCCCCAGUGAUGGAGGAACCUGACGGUGUGUGCUCUACAAUCUGCAGCAAGCUCAUGAAUAAUCUGCUGCUCACAAUAACAAUCCUUGGUGUCAUAAUUGGGUCAGCGACAGGGAUGUUACUCCGUACUGUGUCACCGCUGCCGGCCGAUGUCAUCAUGGUCAUCGGCUUCCCUGGAGAGAUCCUGAUGAGGAUGCUCAAGAUGCUUAUCCUGCCUCUGAUCAUCUCCAGUUUAAUCACAGGUCUAGCGGGGCUGGAUGCCAAGUCCAGUGGACGUCUGGGCACGAGAGCCAUGGUGUACUACAUGUCCACUACAGUCAUCGCCGCCAUUUUGGGAGUGGUGCUAGUGCUGGCCAUCCAUCCAGGCAAUCCCAAACUGAAAGCCAAUCUCGGUGCAGGCAAGAAAAAUGAUGAGGUUUCAAGCCUGGAUGCGUUCUUCGACCUCAUUAGGAACCUGUUUCCAGAGAAUCUUGUGCAGGCUUGCUUCCAGCAGGUCGCAACUGUAACAAGUAAGAUUGAAAUCCCUCCCCCUACCGUCUUGAGAAACGGACGUAAUGUAACCAGGUCACCACCAACAUACAGCAUCAAAAAAACACUGCAGUUCAGAACUGGAAUGAAUGUAUUAGGCUUGAUCGGCUUCUUUGUGGCAUUCGGCAUCAUCAUGGGGAAGAUGGGAGAGAAGGCGCGGCUCAUGCUCGACUUCUUCAACUGCCUCAACGAGAUCGUCAUGCGCAUCGUGGGCUGCAUCAUGUGGUACUCUCCUGUUGGCAUUGCUUGUCUCAUCUGUGGGAAGAUCAUUUCCAUCAACGAUCUGGAGAUGGUUGCCCGGCAACUGGGAAUGUACAUGAUAACUGUCAUAGUGGGCCUCAUCAUCCACGGCGCCAUAUUUCUACCACUCAUAUAUUUUGUCAUAGUACGGCAAAAUCCCUAUACGUUCUUCAUGGGAGUAUUCCAAGCAUGGGUCACAGCUUUGGGUACAGCAUCCAGUGCUGGUACUUUACCAGUCACAUUCCGAUGCCUAGAGGAAAAUCUCGGCAUUGACAAGAGAGUGACUCGCUUCGUGCUUCCUGUUGGUGCUACCAUUAAUAUGGAUGGUACUGCGCUCUACGAGGCAGUGGCAGCCAUUUUCAUUGCCCAGAUGAAUGGAAUUGACCUUGAUUAUGGCCAGAUUGUCACAGUCAGCUUAACAGCCACCCUAGCUAGUGUGGGAGCAGCCAGUAUUCCAAGUGCUGGUUUGGUGACCAUGAUUCUCAUCCUGACUGCUGUGGGGCUGCCGACGUCAGACAUCAGUUUACUGGUGGCGAUUGACUGGCUCUUGGAUCGCUUCCGAACUUCCGUGAACGUUGUCGGUGAUUCCUAUGGCGCUGGGAUCGUUUACCACCUUUCCAAACACGAGUUGGACAUGUUUGAUGCACAGCAGGCUAAGCUAGAUGAGAUGGAGAUGGCAAAAACGCAGUCCUUUUAUGAGAACAAUACCAAUCAGCAUGUAUACGCCCAGCGCCACUCCUGCCCACAAGUACUGAUAGAUGACUGCAAGGUAACCAUGACCCCAAAUGGCUCCCGUUCGGAGUACUCUGUUGUUGAGGAGGAACCUUGGAUACGCGAGUAAUACAUCAC